AGCUUUUCCGCAAGGAAACAACCCCUUUCUUCCCCUCUCCCCCUGUGUUUGGGAUCUGGUUUACAGAAUCCACGGGAGGAGGAUUUCUAUUUCCCAGGUUUUUCAGCAUGAUGGUGAAGAGUACUCACAACUACUAAUGGAGCACACAACGGCAGAAGAGACUCAAACCCAGACCACCCAGACCGAAAUGGGUGUAGAAAAGCCGCCUAGCCCCUACAGACCCAAGGACCCACGUCGAGCCUGUUGCACCUUCAUCUUCAUCCUCCUCCUUUUAGCAGGCAUCACAGCUCUGGUGGUGUGGCUGGUGUAUCGUCCCCAGGAACCACAGUUCACGGUGAUGGGCGUCGCCAUCUACGACCUCAACACCACAUCCCCUCCACUCAUCUCCACCAACAUGCAGUUCACCAUCGUCACGCGGAACCCCAACAAGCGAGUCUCCAUAUACUACGACAGGCUUUCGGCGUUCGUGUCGUACCGGAACCAGGCCAUCACGCCGCCGGCCAUGCUGCCGCCUCUGUACCACCGGAAGCACAGCACGGUGGCGCUGUCGCCGGUGCUGGGUGGCGAGGCGGUGCCAGUGUCGUUGGAGGUGGCAAAUGGGUUGGUGAUGGAUGAGGCGUAUGGGGUGAUGGGGUUGAGGUUGGUGCUGUUGGGGAGACUGAAGUGGAAGGCCGGAGCCUUCUGGAGCAUGCAUUAUGGGGUCUAUGUCAAAUGUGAUGUGUUGGUGGGUCUGAAGAAAGGAGUUGUGGGUCAAGUUCCUAUGCUUGGAUCUCCGCUGUGCAAUGUUGAUAUAUGAAGUUACAAAGCUUUUUCCUUCUAAGUGUCUUCUUCCCUUUUUUUUUUGAGUGUAGUUGUUUUCAUUUUGUAAACUUUUGCCCCUUUUAUCUGUAACACUGAAAGGUAGAUAAUCAGAAAAAGUUCAAACUCAGAGGAGCAUGUGUUCAUGUUCAUGGCAAUAUGGAUAAUAAAGGGUCUCUUCUUCUUCCUCUUC